CUCAGAGCUAAAUGAGGCGGCUAGUAACAUGCAGGUAAAGUAGCGACUGCUUCAACUUCCUUGUAAUAUCAUAGCUUCGCAGCAUUCGCAUACCUACAUUCAUUUCCACCCAUUUCUGUGCAAUAACACGACAACAUCACAAUGCCAACCCAGUGGGAAGCAAUCGCUCAGAGAGCUCGACAAAAAGUCGUAGACGAUAUACCAACAGAAUGGAAGAUCCCUCAGGACCAGUUGCCUGGCGAUGAUGUGACUGAUGUUACUGGUAUACCUGCCACGUGUGGCAUUCUGGACCAGCAGGAAUUGGCCAUCACCGACUCACUGGCGACUGAGAUUGUUGCAAAGAUCGCACAAGGAUCAUGGAAAGCAGAGGACGUGACCAGAGCAUUUUGUAAACGGGCGGCCAUUGCUCAUCAAUUGACGAAUUGCCUUACUGUCAUCAUGUUCAACGAUGCUCUACAGCGCGCAAAAGAGCUCGAUGCAGAGUACCAGAAGACUGGAAAGGUGACAGGACCUUUGCAUGGAUUGCCAGUCUCCAUCAAGGACAAUUUCAACAUCAAAGGCUACCCAUCCUCUGUCGGCUUUUGUAGCUGGGCUGAAGAGCCAAUGCAACAGGAUAGCACGAUCAUCACCACUCUGAAGUCCCUCGGCGCGGUUCCAUAUGUGAAGACCAAUGUACCAACUGCCAUGAUGAUUGCCGAAACUGUCAACAACUGCUACGAUCGCACAGUAAACCCUCGAAAUCGUAAGACUACAUCAGGAGGUUCGAGCGGUGGAGAGUCUGCACUUUUGGCUAUGAAUGGGUCGGCUUUGGGUGUUGGAACAGACAUAGGAGGAUCAUUGCGCAUUCCUGCAGCUUGCACAGGCACUUUCACACUCAAGCCAUCGUUAGGACGAUUUCCGCAUUUUGAUGCGAGAUCUGGUUUAGCUGGGCAAGAAGCCGUUGCAAGUGUGCAUGGUCCCAUGGCAAGAAGUUUGGCAGAUCUUCGUCUGUACGCUGAGACUGUCGUUGGCACGCAGCCGUGGACGAAAGAUCCAAAGUGCAUUGAAAUUCCUUGGAGACAAGUUGAAAUCAAAGCGAAGCCAAAGAUCGCAGUACUUUGGGAUAACGGCUUGGUCAGACCGACGCCGCCAGUAACACGAGCGUUGAAGGAGGUUUCCGAGAAGCUCAAAGCGAAGGGCUACGAGGUCAUUGACUGGACAGCUGAGGAUCAUCCCGAAGCAGUCGAGCUGCUGGGCAGAUUCUUCGUUGCUGAUGGCGGCAAGUCCGUAGAGAAAAUCCUCGAAACAGUCGGAGAGCCCGUCAGACCUGAAAUGGAACCCUACAAACAAGCACAAGAAAUCGGAACGUACGACCUCUGGCAACUUCAGAAACAAAGAACAGCACUCGCAAAGCGUUAUCUGGAUCGAUGGAAUGCCGUUGGAGGAUUGGAUGCUAUUCUUGGUCCCACGACACCGUACGCUUCGCCAAAGAAUGGUCAGUUCAGACAUGUUGGUUACACUGGCGUUUUCAAUAUUCUGGAUUAUAGUGCGGUGUCUUUCCCUACCGGUGUAACAGUGGACAAGUCCAAAGAUCUGGCAGACACUAGUGUCCAGGCCCAUAACGAUAUUGAUGCUCAGACGCAGCGAGAGUACGAUCCUGAGGUAUCGCAUGGCUUGCCAGUGAGCUUGCAAUUGACUGGUCAGCGAUUGCAGGAGGAGAAGAUAUUGGCCAUUGCUGAGAAGGUCCUGAGUGACCUGCAGUCAUAGUCUUGGACACUGCAUGGCCGAUAGGGCAGCAGGUGCAGUCGUCUCAUAGCCUGAGAUGGCGACCCAGGCAGAUGGUCAGCCAGACAAUUGCCAAUUGCGUUGCGGAUAAAGAAGAGACGCAAGUCUACAAAGAAAAAGGUGC